AUGUAUGAAUCAAUCGGGUGUUCGAAUUCGGGUGGGAAGAGCGGUCCGGGCGAGAAGAGACAGAGGGUGGGGGAGGAGGGAAGCAGGCAGAGAGACGGGGGAAUAGGAGGGUAUGGGCAAUUUUCCAUCCAAACCUACCACAACAGAGAAACCAGAGGGGUUCAGUUGAAAGAUGGACUACCCGCGACAGUUUUUAUGGAUGGUGGUCGGUGGGAGGACGACGGCACCUCAGUCGCAAGAGCCGAGAGCGACGGGAAAGGCAAAGAAAAAGACGGUCGAAAAGCUGGACAACCACCACCACCAAGGUUAGCACGAUGCGAUGCAAAAGUUGUCAAUGAGAAAGGAGGAUGUGUAGAGAAGGGAAUCCAGGAAGAGGGGUGGGCCGUGGGAGGUGAGUCGUUCUACCAAGCGCUUGGGUAUGUCAGCGGUGGCAUCACGCAGAGCCGAAGCGAGUCAGGAGAACCAAAAGGCCAGGAAAGGGGGAGAGCAGGUGCAAAGAAAGAUCAAAGAAGAGAGAGAGAGGAAGAGGGAGUGGGCGCUGGAUGGAUGGAUGGAUGUGGUUUCACCCAAAGCGAGCAGAGGUGGCCUGGGUCGGUGACAAUCCAUCCUCUCGAAUGCACCCUUUUCCCCCCCACAGACUCCCCCGACUUCCUUCCAGAUGCGAAUUGA